GGUGUCGGACGAGUCCAUCCACCGCCCCCUGACCUCUGCCGCGGACAUUGGCCAGGAGCAGGUGGUCCACGGCACCUACCUGCGGCACUGGCUGAAGAUCCGGUUGGAGGGGCUGAGGAAGAUGAGCCGGAACCACAUCCACCUCUGCCUGGGUCUGCCGGGCAGCGGAGUCGUGAGCGGCAUGCGGCACAGCUGCGAGGUGGCGAUUCACAUAAACCUGCAGGCUGCCAUUGACGGGGGCGUGAAGCUCAUGCAGUCCAGCAACGGCGUGAUCCUCACCCCCGGGGAGGGCGAGGGCGUGCUGGCCCCUCGCUACUUCACCAGCGCUGUGUGGCUUGGGCCCAAUCAGCGAGUGAAGAUUUAUGAUUGCCAGAAGGGCGACUUGCUGACCGAGAUGCGCCGGAAGCAUCCGGAGCUGCAGGCGGCAGUGGAGCAGGCCAUGCCGGUACUUCUCGGGAGAGAGCGAGACGUGAGGAAGCUCACCGUGCCGGUGAGCCAGGUGCAGCUGCGUCCAGCGUGGAAGGCAACGGCCGCUGCGCCCAAAGAGGAGGCUGCGCCGGCUGAGGCAAAGGCCGCUGCGCCCAAAGAGGAGGCAGCAGCGGCUGAGGUGAAGCCCGCGCCCGAGACGCCAAAAGCUGAGGCCAUGCCGGUACUUCUCGCGAGAGAGCGAGACGUGAGGCUGAAGCUCACCGUGCCGGUGAGCCAGGUGCAGCUGCGUCCAGCGUGGAAGGUACCGGCCGCUGCGCCGAAAGCGGAGGCUGCACCGGCCGAGGUAACGGCCGCUGCGCCCAAAGAGGAGGCUGCACCGGCUGAGGUAAAGGCCGCUGCGCCCAAAGCAGAGGCGCCGGCCGAGGUGAAGCCCGCGCCCGAGACGCCAAAAGCUGAGGCCAUGCCGGUACUUCCCGGCCGCGUCAAGCUCACCGCGCCGGUGAGCCAGGCGUGCAGUUGCGUCCAGCGUGGAAGGCAGUGGUCACAGCAGUGGGCCGGGCCUUUGAGGAGACCGAGGAGGAGGUUGAGACACAAGCGCCCGAGAAGCGGGUCAGGGGUCGAGCUCCGCAUCGAGUGGCGCAGUCUCAUCACCGAAGCCGGGCGAGCGGAAGGCAACCCCAGCGUCAGUGCCCCCUGCGCCGUCGCCGGCACGGAAGGUCGUGAUUGCGGUCUGGUGAAAUCGCCGACCUUGUCAACGUGUUCGUGCAGCCAACUAUAUCUUCCAUGUUGGCUGCACGGCACGUCGCAAUCAGUGACAGCCUAGGGCAGCCAAGUUUCACAUCCCGCUGCGCGCAAUUCGGCCCACGUUUUGCUGCGCGCGACCACGUUUGAAA